UCGGGGGGGAGCGUGCGCGUGCACAACGCUCAUAUCUGAUCUUUAAACAAAGUAGAUUGUUCUGUUCCUUUAACAACAGUAGUUGAUGUGUCAUCCAUAUUAUUUAGCGCUCACAAUGUUUUCUAACACGCUGUUGAAAACCAUUAGUGUUCCAGUUAUCACCUCACUUCCUGUAGUUUAGUAAUUCUGACUUUCGGAUCUUCUCGGGAGACUAGACCUGGUGUUGCUGUGAACCUUCAAUCCUCGGACCACAGGCCCUGAUCCAGUCGAGGCCAUGGCAGACUUUUCGCUUGCUGACGCAAUCCCAGAUGAUGUUUCUAGAGAUGCAUCCAAAACUAAACACACCAAUCCAUCAGCUCCUGGAAAUGGGGCUCCACCCCCCACUAAUCCUGGCUGGCCUGGUGCAGCCCCCGGUGGCCCUCAUUUCCCACCCUCAGGAGGCCCUGGCCAACCAACAGCACCUGGCUUCCCUCAGACUGGGCCGUCUGCCCCAGGUCCCUUUCCACCUGGACCAGGAGCCCCAGGCCAGUUUCCCGGAGCCCCUGCUGCCCCGGCUGGAUACCCUCCAGGACCGGGCGUACCUGGACAGUUCCCCUCCAACCCUGGAGCUCCAGGACAGUUCCCCUCCAACCCUGGAGCUCCAGGACAGUUCCCUUCGAUGCCAGGACAGUUCCCCUCGAUGCCAGGUCAGUUCCCACCAGGAGGGGCACCCAUGCCAUACCCCGUUCCUGGACAGUUCCCUUCCCCACCUGGGGCUCCUCAGGGCCCAUAUCCAAACGCGCCUUACCCGUCAGGUCCAUCUGGGCCUGGCAUGUAUGGUCCAGGAGGCCCUGGUGCCUUUCCACCAGAUGGAGGCCCGGGAUAUGGAGGAGGAAUGUUUCCCCCAGUACCACAAGGAUCCUGGGGUCCACCCGGAGGUGGCUACCCUCCUCAGCCUGGCCCACCAGGAGGCUUCGGUCCAGGGCCCAUGGGACCAUACGGAGGGCCUGCAGCUCCAGGUGGAAUGCUGCCAUUGCCAUAUGAUCUUCCGCUGCACUCAGGGAUAAUGCCCAACCUCGUGAUUACUAUAGUGGGUGAGCCAGUACCAGGAGGAAACAGGUUCAUUGUUGAUUUAGUGAGGGGGCAUGACGUGGUUUUCCAUUUCAGCCCUCGUUUCCAUGAGAACGCCAUCGUACGGAACACACAGCUGGGGGGCUGCUGGGGUCCGGAGGAGAGGGAGGGAGGAUUUCCCUUUGUGCAGGGCAGACAGUUUGAGCUGAAGAUCCUGGUGGAGGAGGAUGGGUUUAAGGUGGCUGUGGACGGCGUUCAUCUGCUGGAGUUUGAUCACCGAACAGGCGGAUUGGAGGACGUCACUCACCUGCACAUAGAGGGAGACCUCGCUCUGUUCAGCGCGGCCCCCAGCAUGCUCUAAAUCCCAGGGGCGGAAGAGCAAUUUAGAGCAAUGUAGAGAAUGUAGAGAAGACACAUUAAGUCACUGGUCUUUGAAAAAUAUAGAUUAUCUUCAGAAAGCACCAUAACUUUCUGUUUUUCCUCAUUCUCUAACCUGUCAGAAUGAAUUAUGCUAGUUAACCUUUCGCAUGUAGACUGCCAUUCAAAAGUUUGGGAUCAGUGAGAUUCUUAAUGUUUUUUAAUCGAGUCUCUUGUGCUCAUCAAGGCUGUAUUUAAUUGAUCAAAUAUAUAGAAAAAAUAAUAAUAUUGUGAGAUAUUAUUUCAAUUUCUAAUGCUGGUUUUCUGUUUUAAGAUACUUCAAGAUUAAAUGUAUUUGUGUGAUCAAAGCUGAAUUUUCAGUAUCAUAACUCAAUCUUCAUAACUCAAUAUGCUGAUUUAUUAUCAGUGCUGCCUCAUGUUUUAUUUAUUUAUUUAUUGUUGGAAACUGAUACUUUUUUCUGGAUUCUUUUAUGAAUAAAAAGUUAAAAAGAACAGCAUUUAAAAUUAAAAUAAUUUCUAACAAUAUGAGUCUUUACUAUCACCAUCACGAUCCAUUUAACACGUCCUUGCUGAAUAAAAGUAUUCAUUACUUAAUAUAUAUAUAUUGACUGACUCCAAACUUUUGAACGUUAGUGUAUAUUGUAACACGAAAUUUCCAUUUUGAAUAUUUUUUUUUUCUCCCAUAAAAGAAUCCUGAAAAAAAGUAUUACAGGUUCCAACAUUGAUAAUAAACCAGCAUAUUAAAAUGAUUUCUGAAAGAUCAUGUGACACUGAAGACUGGAGUAAUGAUGCUGAGAAAUUCAGCUUUCCAUUGCAGGAAUAAUUUAUAUUUUAAAGUAUAUUAAAAUAGAAACUAUUAUUUUAAAUUGCAAUAAUACUUCACAAAAUGACAUGAUUUUUUCCCUAUAUUUUUGAUCCAAUAAACAGAGCCUUGAUCAGCACAAGAAACUUCUGUAAAAAAUAUUUAAAAUCUUUUCUGAUCCCAAACUUGUGAACGGUAGUGUAUUUGACAACAUAUACUGUUCCAAACACACCUAUAUUAUGACCUUCAGUAUUAGCAUGGUAUUGUACCAAGGCCCAUGAGGGGUUAUAAACUCUAAUUCAGGACACUACAGACCAGAGCUUUGACACUGUGCUGAAUUACAUCAGAUCGAAAUGGCUGAAUAUUAUUUUAUUUGGUAUGGAUUUUGGAAAAUGUUCAUUAUUUUGAAUAAAACCAUAUUAAUGAAAUAACUGUGAUAAUGGAUAUAAGUAAUUAAUUAUGUCAGAAAUAAAUGCUGUAUUACCCUGA